AGAGGAGUGGACUGCAGCUUCAGCAACAGACAGACCAAACAACUCAGGAGCUACUAUGUGACUCGGACAGAAAAUAAAGGGAUCAAAUCACCCAGGGCCCAGCCACAUCCUGCAUCCUCGGUCCGAAUCAGAGAGUGUGAUGAACAGCAUGCUUCCUCAGAGGAGUGCCGUCGCCACACUGGGCUACAGCUCAGAUUGUGUGAAGCUUGAGCACAGCGGCCGAGGCUCAGUGGGCGGGACGUUGCUGAGAGGCACCCGCUCUAAGGCAGAGCUACAGGAACUGAUGGAGACGCUGCAGCGCAGAAAGAGUGAUCUAGAGGCCAGCCUGAGGGCAGCUGAGUGCAGCCGCAAGUAUCUUAGCAUGGCAUCACCUGUUGGACCCCAGUCCACCAGGCCACUAUCAGCUCUCAGCAACACUGAACGCCCUCUGUCUGCCUCUAGAAACCUUUCCUACAUGUCCAGCAGCAGCGUGCCUCCAUCACCUCGCCAGGGCGAACGCCAACUAGGCCCUAAUAGCUUGUUCCGUCAUUCCCACCCUCGCCACCAGUCCCAGGACAGUCUGCUCCUCUCGCACACAGCAGAUGGAAGCUCUUUGUUCUCCUCCUAUGGGGACCCCCCACCUCGUUCUCCCAGGAUCAAAAGUGGAGCGGCCAGUGUGCCGUCCAGCCCUCGCAUGGGCCGCAGGCUCUACUCUCAGGGCAGAGCUGGAGGAGACACCCGGCAGAGAAAAUACUCCACUGGCUCCCUCAACAGCCUGGGGAUGCACAGCCGUUCUCUGCCACGGCUUCACAAUGCAGCAGAACCCCCUGCUCUGUCGCUACCGACACGCCACUCAGUGGGUUCACACCGAGGAGUGGGCUCAUCAGGGCAGCGACGCAGUCUGUCCUCUCUGGAACAGCCACCAGAUGUGACGGUACCAGCUAGCAUGCCCAGCACUCCCAGGAGGGCCAGUCUGGCCUCUCUGAACUCUCUAGGUAUAGAGAUCGACGGGAUGGGCUUAGAUCUGGGCUUUGGAGAGAGGAGGCUGUCCUUUGGGAAGAGUGGGCUGGGUCCAGGACAGAGGGUGGGCAGCAUCAGCUCUUUGAAUGGAAAAGAGGAGCUGAGAGACUACCACCAGCACCAGAGAGACGAGCGACUCAGGGAGCAAAAAGUGCAGAGACUGGAAUGUCAGCGCCUAGAGACCAUCUUGAACCUGUGCACUGAAUUGGGCCAUGUGGAGAGAGAGCCAGUGGGUUCAGCUGUUUCUGACCUGCAGAAGAUCAAUAAGGAGCUGGAGAAGCUGCAGGUGUCAGAUGAUGAGUCAGUGUUCUCUGACUCUCCCAGCAGCACCGUUCCAGAGAGCUGCUUUGGAGCCAAAGCCAGAGACUUCCAGCUCUCUGAUGAGCAGCAGGUCAGCCAGUGUCAGCAGAGCAGCUACAGAGAGGCCAGGUCCCACUCGCCUAUCAUCAGCCUGAACAGCAGUGCCCCCUCACCUUCCACGCACCACAGAGCCAAAGCCUUGGAGAGCAUGCAGCUGAAACAGGAAGUGACGCAUAUAGAAGAAGAGAGGAUCCAAGUCCUGAACAACAUUGAGGAGCUGGAGCAGAAGAUCAAAGACCUGGACAACCAGAUGGAGGAGUCUGUCCGAGAGAUGGAGGUGGAGUGUGCUCUGCUGGAAGGGGAACAGGAGUCAGAGAUGGGUCAGCUGCAGAGGGAAAAGGAGCUUCUGGACCAGCUUAAGGAAAAGAUUCAUAGUACUGAAAAGACAAGCCACGGGGACAAGUCUCAGGGUGCUGAGGAGCAGACAAAAAGUUUGGAGGAUCUGGAAUUUCAGAAACUGGAGAGAGAAAUUAAUCAGGAUGAGGAAAAAGAGAACCAGAGCCAAGAGGUGCUGCGAGAGAUCGCUGAGUGUCAGCGUCUUACUGUCACACGCAAGGAGAGACUAAUGACUCUGAAGAAACAGUCCUCACAGAUUACGUUACAGGCUCAGCAAGAAAGAGAGAAUUUCCAGAGAGAGAAGAGCAAUUUGCUCGUCAUGCUUCAGAAGGAGAGAGAGAAACUGGUGUCUUUGGAAGGGAAGUAUGCAGAGUUGUCUGAGGGGCAGAACUUCCCUAACAACCCUGUAGCCAUCAAAGAGCAUUUACACUCCCUGAAGGAAAGGAGAAAAAGCAACAAAGAAAACUCUUCCCACCCAAGUGACAGCCUCCCUCAUAAGAGGAACCAGCAGCUCCUCACCUCUUAUGGCAGAUCUCUGGGGCGCACGAUUCCUCCCAAGGCUCACUUGCCUCUGUCCCAAAGCUCCAGCUGUGGCAGUGUCAUCCCUCAAGGUUUCAGUUUCUCCCCCCGGGACCUGAACACCCGCCGCCUGCCCAAGAGCAGCAGCCAUGCACACAUAAAUGAAGAGAGACCAAGAAGAAGUGAUUUUUGCAGCAGGAUGGUGUCUGAGGCCAGUGUGUUCCUGGACUCCUUUUCUUACCCGGACAACAGCCAGGCCUCAGAUACAGUCAGCGUGGACAGCUCUGACAGUCUGGAGACCAGCUUCUCCGCCUGCUCACCGGACAAUAUCUCCAGUGCUAGUGCAUCCAAUAUGGCAAAGAUCGAGGAGAUGGAGCGUUUACUCCGAGAGGCCCAGGCUGAGAAGGAGAGACUCCUUGAGUAUCGGGAGCGUGAGAUGGAGAUACGCAGGCAGGCACUGGAGGACGAGCGGAGAAGAAGGGAGGAACUAGAGAAACGACUGCAAGAGGAGACAAGCAGAAGACAGAAACUUGUAGAGAGAGAGGUGAAGCUCAGAGAGAAACAAAGAUCACAGUCCCGGCUGUUGACCCGCUACCACCCUGUAAGAAAAGAUGAUUUUGAUCUUCAUGACCACAUUGAGGCAGCUGGACACAACCCGGACGCUUGCUUCCAUCUGGCCAUCACUGAUAAAACCUGUCGAGGCUUCCUGAUCAAAAUGGGCGGUAAGAUCAAAACCUGGAAGAAACGUUGGUUUGUCUUCGACCAGAAUCGCAGGACACUCACCUACUAUGCAGACAAACAUGAGACCAAGAUGAAAGGAGUCAUUUACUUCCAAGCCAUAGAGGAAGUGUACUAUGACCAUUUAAAGAAUGCACACAAAAGCCCCAACCCUUCGCUGACCUUCAGUGUGAAGACCCACGAUCGGGUGUACUACAUGGUGGCUCCAUCUCCUGAGGCCAUGCGUAUCUGGAUGGACGUUAUUGUUACGGGUGCUGAAGGACACAUGCAUUUCAUGUUGUAACUGAUCCCAGCAGACCAAGAUCCGCACUGCUGUGCUUCUUUGCUAAACUUUAUGUGACGUGAAAAGAUUUACGGUGCUCUGUUUGUAGAGCUGAGAUGUGUGUUCAUUAAGGCAACUCAAAAUGAACUUCUGUUUAUAGUUGUAGUAUUUGUAGCCUACAAGGACAAGCCAUGCUCAGAAGCACAUUUUAUGGUGUAAUCAUGUUUAAGAAGUCAAAAGGAUUUAUAUACAAAUUUCAUAAUUAAGCUACAGUAAUUUUUUAAAAUGUGCUUAUGUACUGUGAGUAGCAGAAGCAUCACCAAAACUUGUAAUAAUUUAGCUUUAUUUUUCCAACUUCUUUAUGCAAAAUCUCUGCUUUAUGUUUAAAUCAUCAGAAACAACAUCUGCCACACUGCUACAUUGUGGUACACAUAGAUAUCACAUCUGUCUAAAGCAUGACAGGUUUUUCACAGCUGUGAUUUACUUAUCCCACAUUUUGUACUGUAGGUCCACCUCUGUUUCUUUUACUUCUCUUUCUUCCAUUCUCUCUCUGUUUCUUGUUUGACUCAUCUUUUUGGCAUUUCUGUAUCUUACUCAGACUGAAUUUUAUUUCCUGUGAGCGUCAGGCUCUGUUAGUGCGUUACAACUUCUCGAUCAUCUUUUCCCAGAUAAUACAUAUAACCCCCUCUGUAUUUGUAGUUGGAAGAAAGCACAUUUGUCUCUUGACUCAGAUUUAUUACUUCUAUAUUGUCUUUAAUAUCCAAAUGCUUUAUUUUCCUCACGUAUUUUGAUUGCUGCUGCCAGGCUACCAGCAUUAAGCCGGCCUUCCCUGCCUAUUUAAAGCAGGGAGAAUGUCAUCAUACAUAUUUUUUCAAACCACAUGCAUCACUUUUAUGCCAAUGAGCCUUGAUUUGAGCUUAUCUUUGCAUAAGCAAACUUCAUUCAUGAAGGAGAAAUGAUUAUAGGCACAUUUUUUCAUUUUAUUUUUAAUUAUUUGUAAUUGUUGACAAAUGUUUUUUACUCAGCAAAGUAGAAACUUUGCCCAAAUUACAGUGGUACUGUGUUUCCUGCCUACUACUGUGCAAGUCUAGCUCCAUCUGUUCAUAAUGGAGGCUGCGGGCCUGAUAUGACGAGGCCAUGUUGUGCAGCAGUGAUGCAGUAUGUGCCGCAUCACCUGCGUGUUCUUACACUAAAGCAUUUCAUUAUUUCCACCAGCAGAGGUCCUCACAGAGUUGUUGCACUGAUAUGAUGUAAUGCAAUGGCUGGUCGGCCCAUAAUGUGCCUGCUAAAAUAAAUGAGCACUUACUAUGCUUAUCAAAGUCGAGAUUUGCUUUUUGAAAGCAAAAUCAAAAUCAUCCUGUUUAGGAUUAUAAACACCAAAUGAUUUUCAUGAUUAUGUUUUAAAUGUGUCAAAAAUAACACAUUUCACCUGUAAACUAUUGGACUCUUUACAGUAGUCUGACUGUAAUUGAUAAUGAAAGCCCACUUUACCACAGAGUGGCCAACAGGUUUACACACUGCACUGCUUGCUGUUUGUCUUGUGCUGGUUCAGUCCUGCAGAGCUGACAGUGUUACAGAUGAGUUGCCUUUGCUGGAUGUGUUUCAGUGAACAGCGCUAUCUAUCAGGUAAAGCAUUGUUCACUCUAUGAGACACAAGCCUUGAAACCAAACACAUUUCUGCAUUUAUAUACA